AUGUUCAGAAUCUGUUUAAUUCUGGCUGUGCUGGUCAUAGCGCCCUUGGUUGAAGCACUAGAUUUAUGUGUUGACGACGGCGAAUGUCUCCGCUCUCCCGGACAAUCACCUAAUGGCAAUGGGUCGGGAGAUACCUUAUAUAACCCAGCUCAACCGGUUGGCACGGUCACAGUGGGAAUCAAGUACAACCAGAGCUUCGAGGCUGUCUUCGACACAGGUUCCUAUCAAACUUGGUUCACAACGACCGGGAUCACUGGCUAUGCCGAAACAGGUACUCCUCUCCACCAAAACGGUAGUAUCGUAUACGGUGGCAAUUACACCGUAGAGGGACCGCUUUAUUUGGACGACGUUGCUUUCGAUGGCUUUACCGCAAAGAAUAUUCAAGUUAUGGCAGCCCAAAGUACAACUUUCAACGCAACGUUGGGUAUGGGAUACUGGACAAAAUCGACCAUAGGAGUCGCAGGAUUUUUUGAGACCUUGAUUGAACAGAAGUCCGUAACAACGCCGGAAUUCGGGCUCCAUCUUGGCCGGACAAAUACCCCGGAGAAAAGUUCCCUUACACUCGGUAGUCGUGACUCCACUAAACAUACCGGAGAAUUUGUGUCGGUCCCGGUCAUCCAGCAAGGCGGGUGGAGCAUACAGAUCGACGGAUACUCCGUGAAUGGUAAAAUGCUGAAUUCGACUACCCCCGUUGGCACGAUACCCAACCCUCCACUCGUCGACACAGGCACUCCCUACAUCAACGCCCCCCACGACGCCGCCGUCGCCAUCCACUCCGCGAUCCCCGGCGCCGUGCCCGCCGACGAUACGGGUAACGUCUGGAAAUACCCCUGCAGCACCUCGGCAAUCUACAUGCCCACUCUCAUCCUCUCGGGCACCAGUCUUUCUAUCGCACCCGAAGACUUCAACAUGGGUUCCGCCGCCGGCGACGGGAUGAGCGAGUCCGCUAUCCGUAGCCCCUUGGCAUACGGAUGGGUCCUGGGUUCCCCGUGGCUGAUGAGCUUUUAUACGGUUUUUCAUUGGGGGACGUCGGCGAAGGAGUGGGAGGUGGGCAAUGGAACGUCUGUCAAUUUCGCACCGGCAGUGCAUCAGCCUGCCAGGAGUCACCGCCACUGGUUGGGGGUUGAGAAUGUUUCCGAGGCGAGCGAAUAG